AUGGACGCAGCUUCCGCAUGUCUGAUUCAAAAUGCAGUGGCCCUCUAUGCACCUUCACUGGUACUAACAAAUACUAACAAAGUGUCCAAUGCGUACAAAGGCCGGUGUACUGACACCGCUGGAUAUAUAUCCAACGCUGAGAUUAAAGAAAUCAUUGAUGGCAAAAACAAGGACUACAGCGUACUCCAGAACACGUUCGAUAGCAAAUCAGAUUCCAACAUUCUUUUCUUUGGAACAUCAGAUAAGGCCGAUUGGGUCGCAUACAUGGAUGAAGCCACCAAAAAGAAUCGGGCAAAUUGGUACGCGGGUCUCAACUUUGGUGGUACUACCGACUGGGCGGAGGACCUCAAAGAAUUGAUCACUGCUGAUCUCAUCAGCUUAGAAAAAUAUGGCGUGCAAAACCUGGGUAUCAAAGCAACAAACCCGGGCAUAUACUGGGAUGGUAUCAAUGGGAUGGACCCGGAGCACUGGCCGAACGUCCUUCAGAUCGAUUAUCUCGGGGUUGUAGUUGAGGAGGAAUUCGAGUGGGACUCACUCAGCGCCGACUUAUACACUUUUUGCAUCGGCAUGAAUCUAUAUAUGGUUGGUGAGAACUGUGACAUUGGUAAAGAUCGAUCGCCUUUGCUCCCGUCGACCAAAUCAUCCACCACCCGUAUGCGCCUGCUUUCAACAGAUGCCUGGAAUGGGAUUAUCUUCGCCAAUGGCACCAAGCUCGAUAAUCCUUCACCAACUUUGCACCCGGGUCGCGUUGAGAUCCUCCGUAACGGGACCGUUUUUGGCAAUGGUACUGUUUUGAGUAUGGACAUCCGCAAUCCAGACUACAGGUCGACAUCUUUCUAG